GCGGACGAUAGGCCGUUGAGUUGUGACAGUUUCCACAGUCCUGAUACGCGAAACAUCGACCUGGCCCAAGCACAAGCAAGAGGGAGGAGGACCCACAGUGUUGUUGUCGGAUACUGCGACUAGCAAACCCACUGAGCCACUGCUCAACCUCAGCAAGAAAUUUUCGGAGAACAGGGGUGACCAACCCACCCAUAAUACCUUCUCGCCCCAUUGACAGCGCCACCGGAGCCCCAAUGGCACACUCAGGGAUAUCUCCUUUUCUCUUCCUUCCACAUGGAAUCAUAGCAUAUAGGCUCACCGUUCCUCUCCCGAUUCCUCGGGGUUUUCGCGGCUCCUAUUCUACUCAAGCAGACUGUCCCAGACAGUCAACUUAUUCUCAUCCCUUUCUACCACCCACCUCAUUCCGCACGGUUCUUUCUUACCAACAGAUCUCUAGGCUUCAUAUCAUAUUGGGCCAUCAUGCCGACACUAUCACGGUUUUAUACGGAAACUCUCUUAUACCAGGUCGAAAAGCGUGAUUACGCAGGAGAAAAAGGGAUUCCUGAUAGCGAUGAAGAGAGCCCUGUAGCGCUACUGGGGCUUGUUGUAGCUGCCCUUACUUUACUCGUUGGGAUUGUGUCUCUCCGGAGCUCCCGAUUUCGCUGCUGGUUGUCCCACCUUUUACCCUCGCAGCUCGUCACAGUAUACCUACCCCUCCUGAUCCCUCAGGCAUACUUUAUCUGCACAUUCCGAGACUUACAAUCCUACACAGAAAACUUCCGGCAUUACUCUUCUAAAGCCUGCACCAGCGGGUGUUGCUACGGUGGACUUGCAUGCUAUCCCAUUUUGGGGGAUUCCUAUACCCGCCCCUGUCUUCAUUUACAGUGACUGCUCCAACGCCCAUCCCGCCGACAAGCAUUCCAACAUCUUCCCUCAAGGCCAUGGUUGUAUUAUCGGAGAAGGGGGCAGGGUACCACAGGGAGAGGAAUUACCGGAGCCGAGAAGACUCGAGCCGGCAGUCCCUAAGCAGGCUCGAUGGAAGUAGAUAUUUUGUCUAGCUUUAGGAUCCAGAGCACAUCGACCCUACGUAAGUAGAAGCCUACCUAACACCCCCCCCCUUCUACGGUUGCUACCCUACGCACAAGAUGUUUCUGUUUAACAUGUUGACCUUUUCCGUCAAAUAGCUCCAGCAAACUCUUGCCCUCUAUUACUGAUUAUGGGGAAAAGAUAAGAUAUUGGAGGAUUGGUCUUUUUCGAUGUUACGGCGCUACGGCGGCACUUUGUUAAACGAGAUUCAAUGCAAAAUAAUUUGAGAUAG